AUGUGUGGAGUACCUUGCAAUCAUGGUGUUUCUGCAAUCAACAAGGCAAAACUACAGCCAGAAGAUUUUGUUCAUGAUUUCUUCAAGAAACCAAUGUAUAAGGCAGCUUAUAGUCCAAUAGUUUUCCCUGUGCCUGGGCCUGAUUUGUGGCCAAAGAUUAGAACCCCUGACAUUGAACCACCAGUGUUCAAAGAAAAGCCAGGAAACAAAGAGACAAAGAGGAGAAAGAGCAAGUUUGAAAAGCCAGCUCCAAAGGAUACAUCUAGGAUGGCAACUAUCACUUGUAGCAAUUGCAAUAGGACUGGGCAUAGAUACACUAGUUGCAAGCAGGCUCUUAAACCAUCCCUAGCUAUGAGAAUGAACCAGCACCAGGAAAACGGGAGAGAUGAUACACCCAGAACUGUAUCUGCUCCUGCUCCCAUGCCACCAAGGAGAAGUGCUCCUUCUGCUCCUGCUGCUGCUCAAACUGCAGCUCCAGCUCCACCAGCUCCAAGGGCUCCAAGGGUAUCAAGGAGAGCUCCUUCUGCUCCUGCUUCAGCUCCCAGUGCACCAAGGAGAGCUCCUUCUGCUCCUGCUGCAGCUGCUGCUCCUCCUGCUACAAGGGCAACAAAGAAAGCUAAAACUACAAGGACUGCAACUUCUACUGCUGGUGCUGGUCAAAGUUCUACUGCUGGUGCUGGUCCAAGUUCCUCUACUGCUUCUGGGCCAAGAGGAAGAAACAAGUUCACCCCCCAAGAGUUGCAGGUAGUGGAAGAGUGA